AUGUCCAUCAGUCGGAAGAAUUGGUCGGCUUUGUCCAGCUUGGCCCGCCAGUGGACGGUGGAAGAUGAGGAGGAGGUGGAGAGGGAGAAGAGGAGGAGGGUGAGGAGCUCCAGUAGUGCCGCUGACCCUGAUACUGACUUCAGCCAAACACCCGGUGGAGACACACCCACCGGUGACAGGACCCGUGGGACCGCCACCAGUGAAACAUCCCAGGGCCUCAGCAGUGUGGAGCAGAUGCAGCUGGACUUUGUUGAGAUGCUUCGCGACCGAGAUGAACGGCGAAGGAUGAGGCACGUGGAGACGCUGAGACGACAGAAGGAAACAGAAGAAGGAGAAGGAGGAGCUAGAGUGGAGCUACUGGGGGACUUGGAGGAGGAUGGAUGUUUUGAUGAGACGCCAUCAUCAAAACCUCAACAACAAGCACCAAAAACAGCCUCUUUCAGUCCUAGAAGCAGCAUCAGCAGAAGCAGUAAUGACAGCAGCUCUAACAUCACACACGGACAAUGUGAAAAUGGAGAGUCAUCAAGCAAGAACCGUGAUUCCAAACCAAUAUCCAACCCAACUCGAAAGUUUGUCAGCUCUGUCUCCAUCUCACUCGACAAGAGUCCCUCUGUAAGCGGGCGCUCAACUCCCAUGAGCCCUUGCUCUCCGACAGCUCCCUUCUCUCCUAGAGAACACUGUUUCUCAUCAAUGGGAGUUGAGAGCCACGUUCAGAAUGGACACACACAGGAGACUAGUGUGAAUGGCUCCUCCAACUUUGAACAGACGACUAAACCUGCCUUUGUCAGACAGAGCUCCAGGACGAUCUCUUUCAGGAUGAUGAGAAAGAAAGAAGAGGACAGCGCACCGCUGCAGAGGAGUGCAAGUGUCAGGAUGACGUCUAAGAAGUUUGAAUCCAACACAGACCAAAAUCCAGAAGAAGACAAAACACCAUCCUUCCAGAGGAACUCCAGGCAGAGGAUGUCAUCCAGGUCCAUCCAGGAGAAGAUGGAGAGACUGGCCCAGGCUGCACAGAAAUCAGAAAUGACGCGGUCUCCAGAUGUGGCCCAGAGGACUUUAUUCCUGAUGGAGGAGGUGUCCAGGAAGAGGGGGAUUUUUGAGAAGGACCAGCAGCAGCAGACAGCAAGUCCCACCAGCCCUGGAGUUACCAGACAGGAGUUCAGGAACUUCACCUCUGGGAUGUCUGACCGUAUUAGCCGCUGGAUCAGCAAGACUAAUCAAAGUGGAUCUUCACACUGCGCCACGGACUUGAGACAUGUGAACAUCAGUAGCAAGCGAAGUCUGUUUGAGAACAGAGAUGAAGAAAGUGUCUCAAACAUAAACCCCGGAAAAAUGUACAAGUGAAGGAAAGCGUCGACCUGCAGGAUUUAGAAGAUGAGAGGAUGUGGAAAGAGGACCGUGACUGAUUGUUUCUUAAAGCUUUAAUGGUUUUUUUUUUUCUUUUAUUGCCACAACUCAGUGAGAAUAAGAUGCCCGGUAUAGAUUUACAGGACUUAAAAAAAUAAAGAUGCUUUUAGAUGUAGAAGGCUGCUGUCAUACACUUUUGCAUUGCAACUUGAAGAAAUACGUACUCCUAAUUUCAUUAACACAAGUGAGGAAAAUGUUGAAAACAGCAAAAAGAAGCAGAAGAAGAGAGAAAACAGGAAGCACACUGACAUUUGUUUGAACUCUGUAUCUGUUUGCGUGAACUUUAUGUAAUUUUUCAAGCACUUUAAAAAGGUGAAGGUCUUAAGGCUACCUAUGUUUAUUGAAUUUACACUGGACAUUGGGAAUUCUGAAGCUGUAAUUUAAUAUAUUUGUCUAAUCUGCCAAAAGAUAUUGUUUCCAUUGUUGUGUUCUGUGCAUCCUUAUGGGCAAGAUUGUGCCUGUGCGAAGAA